CCAUCACAUCAAUUGUAAAAAUUUUUAAAAAAACUAUAUACUUCUUCACUAAUGUACUUGUUUAUUUCAUAAAGUUUGAGAUUUUUUUGUUAAAACAACAAUAUUUUGAAACGUCAGAGCUUAUGAGGAUUCUUUUAAUCUUACGAGAAGAAAAGAUUUUAGGUUACGAGAGAUAACGAAAUUUAAUAAUCUGCGGUGAUAAUAUGAUUCUGAAUGAUGAUUCUGCAGAUUUAAUAAUACGCAGAAUCAUCAUUCUCAGAAAAAAAAAUUUUUUUUGUUUAAUCUCUAAAAUUUUAUUUUAUGGUUAAAAUGACUUUCACCGAUAAAGUAGCUAUUGUAACUGGUGGUGCACAAGGUAUUGGGAAAUCUUAUUGUUUGGAAUUGUUAAAAGAAGGAAUGAAAAUAUGCCUGUGCGAUGUCAGUGAAAAUGCAGCUGAAGAUUUUAUCAAGAAACUACCUGAAAAUUUGAAAGAAAAUAUUUUCUUUCAAAAAUGUGAUGUUACUUCUUUUAAUGAUUUUAAAGAUGCUUUUGAUAAAACAAUAGAAAGAUUUGGACAAAUCAAUUUAGUUGUAAAUAAUGCUGGAAUAAUGAAUGAGCAGGAAUGGAAGAAGACAAUUGAAGUCAAUAUGAUUGGUGUUAUACACGGAAUUCAACUUGCUUUCCUGUAUAUGGGUACUGACAAUGGUGGCAGUGGUGGUGAUGUGAUUAAUACUUCAUCCCGUAUGGGUUUCAAAAGUGGUCCUUUUACUCCAGUAUAUUGUGCUACUAAAUAUGCUGUAAUAGGAUUAACAAAAAGUUAUGGGUCUGAUUAUCACAUGAAAAAAACUGGAAUUAAAGUGAAUGCUAUCUGUCCCGGGCCUGUCAACACUUACAUCACUCAAAGCUCAGUUUCCAACUCUCUAAAUGACGCUGAACAAAAACGUUUCUUGGUCUCUAAAACUUUCAUUGAGCCAGAUGAACUUGGUAAAGCUUUAAUAAAGAUAUUAAAAGAUGGAGGCAAUGGUAGCCUGCUUAGGGUUGAUGAGUUAGGAUUACAAUAUGUUUAAAUGUAAUCUGAAUGUUACAAAGCAUAAUAUAGGUAAAUGUUUAUAACAAUUUAAUAACAUAUUUGUCGAAAAAUUAUAUGUACAAUUAAUAUACAUCCACAUUAUUUGAUGUUCAUUUUGUUGUUCUCUGCUUGUGAAGAAACAAUAAAUAUAGAAACUUGUUUUUAAUGUAAAAA